CAUCAACAUCAGCCACCAAUCAACCCCCACUCAUUUGCCCGCACCUUGACCUCACUCAGAUUCUCUGUUUCCGAGAGAAAAAGUAUUAUACUGAGACUUCCGUUCUCUUUCCUAUAUUUUUUCUGUGUCCCCAAACGCCCGAGCCCUCACCUACCUCCACCCACACUCCCAUCCUGACAGUUUUCCAGGAUAACCGAGUCUACGCCGGGAAACCUGAAUUUUCCGGCGAACCCAACCAACAACCAAGAUGGUCUCUCCUGAAAACACCAACUGGCUCUUCGAUUACGACUUGAUCGAAGAUAUUCCUGUUGCCGAUGGGAAUUUCCCUGCUUCCAACACGGGAUUCUCCUGGCCCGCGCAGGCCUUGAAUGGUUCUUCUAAUGCUAGUGUGGAAAUUGAUGUCUCAUUGGGGGAUUCAGAUGGCGUCAAGGACUCUGGCCUAAAGAAGAGGGGUAGAUCUGAGUCAUGCUGUGCAUCUAGUUCCAAAGCUUCCCGGGAGAAGCUGCGGAGGGAUAGGCUGAAUGACAGGUUUGUGGAACUGGGCUCUAUUCUGGAGCCUGGAAGGCCUCCAAAAACAGACAAGGCUGCUAUUUUAAUUGAUGCAGCCCGAAUGGUGACUCAGUUAAGGGGUGAAGCCCAGAAGUUGAAGGACUCAAAUUCAAGUCUCCAGGAGAAGAUUAAAGAGUUGAAGGUUGAGAAGAACGAGCUUCGCGAUGAGAAGCAGAGGCUGAAGGUGGAGAAAGAAAAGUUGGAGCAGCAACUAAAAGCCAUGAAUGCACAGCCUAGCUUCUUGCCAGCCCCUCCAGCAAUCCCUGCCGGAUUUGCUUCUCAGGGCCAGGCCCCUGGCAACAAGUUGGUGCCUUUUAUUGGUUACCCAGGAGUGGCAAUGUGGCAGUUCAUGCCACCUGCUGCAGUGGAUACCUCACAGGAUCAUGUACUCCGCCCACCUGUCGCUUAAGUUGGUAGUCAUGAUGAUUUGGGUUCGAAGGACGAACCAGUGUAUUCAUUUUGCCAUUGUUAUUGCCUGUAAUAGUUUUUGCUGAAGUCUGCUAAGUUGCAACUGGAUUUGGUGGGUAACUUCAUUUGGUGUCCAAGGUACUUUUAUGAAUUGAUGCGGAUUUUCACAUGUAAAUGUUAAUAAGUUUGUCUGGCAACUUUUGAUUC